AUAUAUAUUUGUAUCUGUCUGUGUACUGUAGGCCUAUAGGAUACUGCUCUUUACUGAGGACUUUACUGAGUCUGAAGUCCCUGUGUGUACACAGUUGCUGGAUCAGUUUAUAUGGUAAGUGACUCUGCCCUGGGUUUGGAGUGCUUCCACCUACUGGCCAGAGGCAGCACCUGCUGCCAGCCCAGUCUCGCCAGACCAGACAGCCCUGGCUGACAGCCCCAUUCAGUGAACACCGAUGAUGCUUCCUAUACAGCAGCACCAUCUGCUCCCUCAGCAGUCAGUCCUCAAGGGCCCUGCAGGAUGAAAUCAUGUCAGCUCCUGCAUUAACUCAAUCAGGCAUGAUAGAAAAUGAAUGGUGGAAGUUGAUAUCACAUGUGAAUGUUAUUCAUUCUUAAAAAAUGUUGAGGUGGUAGAAUAUUAAUCCCCCUCCAAACAUUACCGUUGCAAGUCAGAAGGUGGCGCUUCACGUUAUACUUCAGUCAUUUGACUCGAGCUGUGUCCGUGGUGCUGAAAUCACACUAUUCUGCAAAUACACAGCGGACGUUCAACAUGUAUUCACCACGUGGUGAUGGUGUUUCGUUGUGGCCAUGUAAAUAAAUAGGCUGCGCCGUGUAAUUUCAUUUUCAAAUAGCCUGAAGUAGGCUACGGGUAUUUAUAUGCUACUGAUUUAUCAUUAUCAAGCCUGAAGUCGUUCAAACCGAAGAAAUGGAAAAGGAGCGAAAAUCCUCCAAACAAUAUGGGUCUUUGGAACGAACAACAUUGGAUCGAAAACCCGAUGAGAAAGCAGAGGAAGACAUUGUCUCAAUGGCGGACUCCACCAUCACAAUAGAUCACAUUGAAGGGGAGCUUUUCAGAAUCGAGCGGAUACGUGAUGUUCUAGUACGGAGGGAAUCAGAACUAAGAUACAUGAUGGACGACAUUCAGCUUUGCAAUGAAAUCACACGGCUGAAAAAAGAACUUCAGAAGCUGGUGUCUGUUUCAGACACAGACAAAUCCAACGAGGACCGGCAGAGGGAGGAGGAGUUGCUGCAGCAGAUCCACAAGCUGGUGGAGACCAGGGACUUCCUGGUGGAUGACGUAGAGUUUGAGAGGCUCAGGGAGAGAGAGGAGGACAAAGAAAUGGCUGAUUUCUUGCAGUCUAAAUUUCCCAAGACCUUGAAGAAAAAAGACAUCACAGAGGACAGAAGGAUGACCUCCAAAGCCCAGCAGACUUCGUCCACUCCCUUCGUCACCAAAACCGGUCUCACCCUUCUGAAGGAGUGCUGCGGCUUCACAUGCUCUGUCAUGUAGACUCCCUGCCCUGUGGAGAGACUGAGACACGUUGUUGGUUUCUGGAUGGGGUUAUUUGUGUUGAGUGGGCAGACAGAGCUCUCAUACUUCGACUAUAACCCUAAACAUAUGUACAGUGACGGUUGGGACUGUGUUCCCAUCAAUUAAUCUAUUGCUGGGUCAUUGCACCAAUUUAGUGCAUUUUGAGAAGUGUAACUUGGUAUUAAAAAAAAAAACCUUUAGAUUUCAUUUUUUUUGCAUUCUGUCAUAAAGAGCACAUGUACAACUUCAUAUUGAAACGAGAGUUCAGUUCACAUAACAGGGUUGACCUUAAUGAGGGACAGAUGUAAAUUAAUCACUAAAUAACAAUCUUCAGAAAUUACUUUGUCAAAGCAACAGAAUAACUAGGGCUUUACAAUGAUGGUGAAUUUUGGGGGUUGUGUUUUUUUUUUGUCUUUUUAAUUUAACCCUUUUAUUUAACUAGACAAGUCAGUUAAUAACAAAAUCUUAUUUACAAUGAUGGCCUAUACUAGUGAAUUAACUGCCUUGUUCAGGGGCAGAAUGACAGCUUUUUACCUUGUCAACUCUGGGAUUCGAUCUAGCAACCUUUCGGUUACUGGCCCAACGCUCUAACCACAAGGCUACCUGCCGCCCCAUGAAAAUCUUCAAAUAAGUCACAGAUUGUGCACGGAGGGACAUGUCAAAGUGCAGAUUUUUUUUUUUUGGCACUUUUCUAAGUCUUUAUUUAUAUAAAAAAUAAUAAUUUUAGAAUUUUGAUAAAACAGGCUUUUAAAAUUCAACAAAUUCAAUUUCUACUUAUAAUAUCAAAGGGAAGGAAGAAAAGGCACUCUUUUCAUGGAAUGACCUUGCUGAUCAUUUACUGAUAAAGGCCAACUUGACUCCACACACAUCUUCUCAAAAUAAGUAUGUCUGUAACCAUUAAAAAAAAUGUAACCCCUUUCUCCCCAAUUUCGUGGUAUCCAAUUGUUUUAGUAGCUACUAUCUUGUCUCAUCUCUACAACUCCCGUAUGGGCUCGGGAGAGACGAAGGUUGAAAGUCAUGCGUCCUCCGAUACACUACUUCUUAACACAGCGCGCAUCCAACCCGGAAGCCAGCCGCACCAAUGUGUCGGAGGAAACACCGUGCAACCUUGGUUAGCACGCACUGUGCCCAGCCCACCACAGGAGUCGCUGGUACGCGAUGAGACAAGGAUAUCCCCACCGGCCAAACCCUCCCUAACCCAGGCGACACUAGGCCAAUUGUGCGUCGCCCCACGGACCUCCAGGUCACAGCCGGUUAAGACAGAGCCUGGGCGCGAACCCAGAGUCUCUGGUGGCACAGCUGGCGCUGCAGUACAGCAUCCUUAACCACUGCGCCACCCUGAGGUACUAUCCUUUGGACAGAGUGAAAAUGACAACAGAACAUUUCCAUUCUGAUACAUUCUUUUUAUCUGUAGUCAUUUCCAGGAGCUGACCCAGGAGCUGACCCACAUUUUCUAUCUGGCCACCCUUGGAUGGUUGGUGUAUAUUUGCGGAUCUACAAAUGAUGAAAAAGCUGUCUAAAACCUGUAGUGUGAUUUGAAACAGUGAGUAACAACGUUUAAAAGCUCUGCAGCGGGAGAGUCAUUGAGUACCAGUUUAAUAGCAAUUAUCUUAUUCAAACGGACCCUGUCCAAUUAAAGUAAUUAGACAGUUAUGUGUUGCUAUGACUACAAUUAUCAUUUAAUGCAUUAGAGCUUGACACUUCAUUCCCAUGGGCAUUGUCUACACAGCUAUGACUAGCAAACCUCACUCUGUCUCUUGGUGACAUUUUACAUAGUCACGGCUAACUAUGACACUGCUUAACCUUGCCAAAGGUCACUGCUUGCUUGGCUUCCAUGGUAUCUCCCCUCUGGACUAGCUGCUUUACUGUGGUACCUACCCUGUCAUUAGCUGUGUCUGAUUCCUGGGGAAGUCACCAGAAUUACAUUCAGCUCUCUGCUUUCACAAUUGUAAUAUUGUUUCAAUUUCAGUUUCAAAUGCUAUGUUUUGCUAUUUUUUUCCCCCAUUACCUUCUAUUACGCUGAUUGGUCUGACGGGAAUUGCUGUUGCCAAUUUGCGAUACUUGUAAUUCUUUGACAGAGGUAAAUGUGUAAUAGUGAAACCAUGUACUGUGAACGUGGCUUUGACAAAUAUCUCAAGAAUAUCAAGGACAACUUUCCAAGCAUAAUGGAACUCAGAAUUUCUCCCCUUUUAAUGAGAUAAUAUGCCUUGAAAUACACUGUCUGCUGCUUAUUCUAUUACAAAACACUCUUUAACCUGACAUUUAUCAAUGUGCGCAGUCUGCUCAAUGUAACAGCUCAUUCACAAUGCUCUGUAUGUUUGUUUCAUUCUCUACAAUGGUUUAAUCCAAACUGACAUGGGAGUUGAUUGUGAUUAGGCUACUUGUUAUUAUGUUUUGUGGCUUAGAAUGUCAGAACUUCUGGUUGUACAUAUUGUAUCGGUUUAGCGUGCUUGUCUAAUUAAAGAGUUGCAAUGUAGGUAUAUUCUCCAUUCUUAAAC